UAAUUCAAUAAAAUCAAUUAUUUUUCUUGAAGUUUACAAUUUUUUUUCAUAGGAAACACAAAAUGUUUAUCUUUGUGAAACAAUUUUUUUUCUAAAAUAUCUAUGUAUCUUUUUUAAAUAGAGCGAGUAUAUUUUAUUUCCGUUUUUCUCUCUGACAACAAAAUAAAAAAAGAUUUUGCAAAUAUUUAAAAUAUAACUCAAAACGUGGUUGGCAAGGCAUCUUCUCUGUAUUUUAAUGGAGGAAGAGACUACGGAUUAAGCGUUGCUUUUUAUUUCUAUUUCUAUUAAUGUCUCUGCUUCUCAGACGGCUAGGCAAGCUCUGCCAUGGGAAACCUGCAGGGGCGGUGAUUAAAAGAUCAUCACUUCUUCUUAGCUCUAAUAGCAACUCAUCUUCUUCAUUGCUUCAGACGCCUCCUUGUUUUGUCCUCACAGUUGCUCCUUGUGGAGAGGAUCUCGGAAAACUUGUGAUUAUUAAAGCUAAUGAGUUUUUUACCAUCACUGACUUGGAAAAGAAGGUACCUCUGGAUCUGGUGGAUACAGAUCAUCUGGUCGGGGCAUCUAAUGGGUGGGUAGCUACUUUGAAGGACGGCGGCAUAGUGCGUCUCCAAGAUGAUCUAAACCCUUUUGCAUCUGAUCAAAACCCUAAACGCAUUCUCCUGCCUCCUCUUGUCACUCUUCCUCGCUGCCAAACCCAAAUGGUCACCAACAUGGCCAUGUCCUCGUCUUCUCCCGAGGACGAGGACUGUGUUGUCUCUCUCAAGUUCUUUGGGCCUCAGCUGAGCUUUUGCAGACCAGGAGGUAAACCCGAGUGGACCAACAUCAGAAUCGCAAACCCCUGCUUCUACUCAUCCCCUGUCGUGUUUUCCAAGAAACACGGCAUGUUUCGCAUUCUCGCGUCUGGUGGAUACCUUAUUGGAUCGUGGGAUGCCCGCACAGACAAGAAGAACAAACCCAAGUUCCAGAGGUUGCGGUUUCGAAACGUUCCCAAGCUGAGCAAGACCAAACGUGAGCUUUUGAGUUCGUGUUGCACGAGCGAGCACUUGGUGGAGUCAGGAACCACCGGUGAAACUUUCUUGGUUAAGCUGUACCGGAGGCCUUGGGCUAGCGGUUCAGAAAAAAUGCAAACCAAAGCUUUGAUGGUGUUCAAGAUUGACGAUGAAGGUAACGCAGUUUACACUCAAGACAUUGGAGAUCUCUGCAUUUUCAUCUCAAAGUCUGAACCUUUCUGUGUCCCAGCUAGCUCCUUCCCCGGCAUGACCUCUAACCGCGUGGACUUCUUGGAUUUCGACGAGAACGUUUGUAUUAGUGUUCCCGAUUCCAACAUCAUUGGUGGCAAUUGUCCUUACCUAGCCCCUUACCAUAUUCCACCUCAAACUAUUGUCUAAUUACUACUUUACGGUUGAGUAAUCAUGAUCAGUAAUCAUGUUACCUCAACAUAUAUUGCUGUGUUUUGUUACCACAUUUCAUGCUGCAUGUGUUCCUUAACUAUAAAAGACUAGUUAAUGUUGGUGUUUACUCUUUUGACUAAUAAUUUAAUUUAACUUCUUAUUCUCGUUUGUUUAGUGAUCAAUCAUAUGCUAGUUCAUGAGACUUGUAUGAUCUAAGAUCAUUGACAAGCAUUUAUAUAAUUUUUAAUAGGUUCACAGGAACAUUUCAUUGAAUCUUGAAAUAUACGUCCAACGGAAGCUUAUGGAUACACAUCCUUUAAGGAUCGCAUGUACAACUUCUCAGGAUCUCCUUCUCUGCCUCGGCCAGUCUCUUUCUAUGUUCCCUGACACUUGUUUAGCACCGUCCUUGCCUGCAUCAGAUUAUCACAACAAUACAACAACUACAUUAUGAGCUCAGAGAACCGGUUUGAUGGAGUCAUCAAUCCGGUUAUUUUGGUCAGUUGCUAUGAUAUCUUCUAGGACUAAUUACCGUCUAAUUUAUAAUGAUAUCUUCUAGGGCUAAUUCUCUUCUUUGAGUUCUUUUGCACUUUUUUUUAAUGGUUGGGUGUCAUAUUCGUCGAGUAUGCGCUAGACCAAGAUAGACACCUCAAUCAUAUCUAUCAACCCAGAACAGGCUUGUUGAUGAAGUCUUCUUUGGGCGUUUCGUCUUUGACGAAUAUUUAUAUUAAAUUUUAUUCAUGGACUGUUUCUUAUUUUUGUCUACCUUUGAUGAGUUCAUAAAAUUAAAAUUAUUUAUUUGAGUAAAUAACCCAAAAACUAGGCAUAGGCAAUUCGGUGUCCCAAUCGAAUUUUGGUUUUUUUCCAAAUAGAUCUCGGUUUUUGAGUUUAUCAAAAUCAGUCUCAUUUAGGUUAUAUGAAAUUUCCAUUUGGGACCGGUCGGGUUUUAUCGGGUUGGGGUUAGUAAAUUUUCAAAGGACCGGUAUAACCCGAUGUACAUUCGGGUUCGGAUCUCAGUCGGUUUUUCGCUUUAAAAGUACCUGAUUUGUAUCUAUUUUGUAACAAAAACAUAAGUAAAAUCGAUUCAAAAUUAAAAAAAGAAACAUCAAACGUAAUCAUUCAAAAUCAAACGAAUGUAAACAUAGUUAGUGAUAGAAAUAAAACCAAAUAAAUGAAACCAUAAAACGAAAACCAAAUUCUCAUGAAAUGAGAAAUAUUAUUCAAUGAAAACAAAACCAAAAUCUAAAACUUCAAAGUUCAACCGACACCUUCAACCAUGAACCUUCAUGUAAUAAAUAAUUAUUUUGGAUGUUCAAUAAUAUCUUAUUGUAUUUUGGAUACAUAUUAUGAAUUGAGAUCAUAUUUGGCACAAGUUAUUUUUGAGAAUUUGAAUGUUUCUAGCUCUGUCGGGUAUCCAUUUAGGUUCGGGUUCGGUUCGAAUAAUAAAACAAAAUCUAUUCGGUAUUUAUGUCUGAUUCGUGAUUCGGAUUCAAUUUAUUGGAUCAAGUUUGGUUCGGGCUUUCGGGUUCACUUUAUUUGCCUAGCUCUACCAAAAACUCUCAUUUGUAAGACGACGUACUAAGGAAAAAAUGGUAAUCCAGCUUUUUAUAUGGUUAGGUCUGAAUGACUUGCACACAUUGUCUAUAAUGUUCGUAGCGAGAUAUUUUUAAUUGAUUUAUUCCUAACCGGGAUGAUUUUAUAUGGGCCGGUUUAAUCGAGAUUUAUGUUACUAUUUACUAAUUUAGAGUCGCAAAAAAUUCAUAUCCGGUCCUAUCUGUUGAUUUUUUUUUGACGACCCUAUCUGUUGAUCUUUAUCCAGUUAAACAAUGACUGAUAUAACAUUUUCGUAAAACCCAAUGGGUCCGUAGCCAUCAGCCAAUCACUAACUCACAAAUCACAAAUGGUUGAGAUGAUUGAACAUUUUCAAAAUGGAACAACAAUUACGAAUGAUUUUAACAAAUGCAACAAUUUUAUGAUGACUUUGAAUGAAAGCCAUCGGCCCUAUUGGGUCUGAAGUUUUGCUUUCUUAACCGAAACAGUCCACAUUUCAAAAAUGUGUACAAAGUCAACUCACGGAAAAUAUCAUACCAACGCGUUUGAGUAGUCUGAGGUUGUGUGUCAUCAUUAUAUAUAAGUAUGACAAGUGGUUUUAUUCUCGGUACCAUGUUAAAACUUUUGUUUUCUCAUAAUUAACUUGGUUAAUGAUAUUUUGAUUUCAUGCGAAUUAUUACUUUAUUUUUUUGGCAUCCAUAAACAUUUCUAGAAGAUACUUCCUUAUAGUCACUCU